UGGCUGAGCUCACAUUGCUGCUGAUGUGGUGUUCCGGAGUUAGCAAAGCUGUUCGAGCGAUUCAUCCAGAUUGUUUGGUCUAUUACUCGGUUUCUGGGUGAUCACAAUGCCUUUCUAUCAGACCUGGGAGGAGUUCGCUCGUGCAGCAGAAAAACUGUAUCUGACAGAUCCAAUGAAGGUCAGAGUGGUUCUAAAGUACAGACACUGCGACGGCAACCUUUGCAUCAAAGUGACUGACAAUGCUGUGUGUUUACAGUACAAGACAGACCAGGCCCAGGAUGUGAAGAAGAUUGAGAAGCUCCAUGGGAAACUGAUGAGACUCAUGGUGUCCAAAGAGACGCACAGCGGCGCCAUGGAGACGGACUAAACUCCUCCAGAAGAGCUAACCUUCUGUAGCACCUGGACUGCGCUAAAAGUGUGGACGAGGAGUUUGUUUAAAGCACAGAUCCAUCCAAGUGCUAUGAAGAAGUUGAAAGACUGUAGAUGUGGCUGCCUACACUCAUGUAAUACUGUCAGAGAUGUGGUACUGUACAUAUUCUCUCAGGAUUUUGUUUUUAUGAUACUUUCCUAGUCUUUUAAUAUUUCAUCCAGUUUUUUUUUUUUCCUGUGUCAGGCAUGGAAACACAUCCCUGAUGGUGUUACAAGUCAGUGAAGGCUUGUGGGAAAUGUAAAGUGAUGGCAGAGGGGUUUGGAAAGGCAGGGUGAGACAAAAAGUACAAUAGUGGAGAAUCCUCUGCUGCUGUGUUUGCAGCUUUGGCACCUUGAUUUGUUUAGAGGAGAGUGCAUUUAUUUUCAGUUUAAGAGGGACAAAAAGUACAGCUUGUGAAGACGCUGCAUGUCUGUUUUUUUUUUUUUCUCUUUUACAUCUUUACAGCUAUGUUGGAUUCAGUUUCAGCAAAGAGGUGGAUUUUAUUUUUCCCUCAUGGACUUGUGCCACAUUAUGAAGCAGGACCUUCAGAAACCCCCGACAGAGGGGUGGGAAAACAUAUUUUCCAUGGAUAGUGAUCCACACCACCAAAUGCCAUUUCUUCUACUGAGAAUAAGUGCAUUACUUGUUCAAUAAAUGUUUAUAUACCCAAA